AGCUGGGCAGGGAGGUAUAAAGAGAGGGAGGGAGUAAUAUAAGAGAGGCAGCCAUAGAGGGAGAGGUGACAGAGUAGAUUAUCCUCCUCUCCUCUCCUCCUCUCUGCCAGUCUCAUCAUGUUCAUGCUGCAGAUGUUGACUGUUAUCUCUCUGACUGUUAUUCUCCUGGCAUCUGUGGAAGGUAAAGGCGUGCAGAUGCAAAGGGAUGUCCAGUGCUGCAUGUUGUACUCCCAGGGCAAGGUGCGUACCAAAGACGUGUUGCGGUUUGAGGUGCAGACAGAGGGGCCCGACUGCAGUAUACAAGCCAUCAUUCUUUACACAAAAAAGGCGGUGAAAUGCGCAGACCCCAGAGACCGGAAGGUGAAGAGGCUGCUGAGAAAGCUCCUGCAGAGACAGAGAACCAAGGCCCACCGAACCAUGUGGCUCCUUCCUCAUGACUACCUGCCCGUCAUGUCAGAGGACAAGAAAGAUAACUGGGCAGUUCUCAACGUGGAGUGAUGGAGCACCCUCAAAUAUGGAGGAAAACUCAUAGUCAUAAGCCAAGUAACUUUCAGCAGCUCGUCAUCUCUACACGGCGAAGCUCGCUGAGUCUCCAGUCGUCUCGUGUCUCUCUCUAUCUACACUAUCUGUCUCCCUGGGACCAGACCUGGGCAGCAAUACCUAUUUAAAUGGCUUUAGAUAUUUAAACAUGAACUGUGCUUGAAAUAUUCCCAAACAUGUGGCUGGAGCAGCCUCAACCGAGGAGUAUUUACUUGUAAGAUAAGUUGAAUUGUUUUUUUUUUAAUGGCUCAUACUGUUAUUUGCCAGAGUCUGCCUGGAAGUGUCUCCCUCUACAACAACAUUACUACUAGUGGCUGAUGUCAAAUCAGUGAAAAAGGUGUAAUUAAACAAACGAUAAACAAGCAGUGAUAUUAAUAUUGUAUAUCAGCAAGAUACUCUAUGCUUAUUUGUGACUUGUAUACCUUCUGUGAUGUGUAAUGACACUGCACACAGUGCAGGCUUUGACCUGAUAUAUUUGACUGUUAGACAGGUGAAAUCAAAGUGGGGUCAGGGAGAAGAUUUCACUUGGAUACGACUUCCCGUGUCACAUAAAGAGCAAAUGUUCCUGAUAUUUUGUCCACUCUGUAUAUUAACUGUUUGUAAACUCAGUAUGAAACACAAGUCAGUCUUUUAAAAUGAGGCCCUCAGGCAUCUACCAGAUUGCAUUUGCAGUUUACAUUUGUCUUUUUCACCUAUAGUCCGUCACUAAACUAUGCCAAAGCAUUCAUGACUCAACUCACCACGUGGCAAGGCUGUUAAAACUUAGAGGGCUCAACUGUGUGUGAAACACACAAGUAUUGUAUUGUAGAAGAAUGCACUGUAUGUUAAAACAGUAUCGCAAGUGAACUAUUUUAUAAAUUAAUCUGAAAUAAUAACUAGAACAGCCUCACUGUCUUUUUUGGAGAUCUUGUGUGUAUGUCUUAUUUACUACACAGUCCACUUUCAUCUCAACUAUCUCAACAAAUAUCAGAUGGAAAACAUUCACGCUUCCCUGAGGAUGAAUUGUAAUGGUUCUGAUUAGCAAAUGUUAGCAUGCAUAUAGGCUAAACUAAGACGAUGAACAUGUUAAACAUUGUACUUUUUUCUGCCUAUAAUAUACCAAAUACAUAUUGUGUUAGCAUUUUCACUGUGCACGUGUUAGCAUUUUGCACAAAGCACUGCGGCGUCUGAGUACAGCGUCACAGAGCUGCUAGCAUGGCUGCUGACUCCAGUUUAACAUUGUUUGGAACCAGGAUGUCAUAAAACAAAGGGGUAAAAGUAAAGUAGCAGCAAAGUAUAUUAUCUGUGCAAAUGAAUGCCCAAAAAGCUAAUUUUGGGCAUUCAUCAGUGAGUGAGACCUGGAUUAUUUUCAAUGCAAUAUAGAGGUUUGAAAUGUAAGACACUACAAUGAA